UGGGUUAACUGGAUGAGUUUAUACUUUCACUUUCACUUCCUUGUUAUCUGUGACCAUAAAAUGGCGGAGUCUGCAAAAACUCUCGACAGAGGAAUCAAGAAGACCAGCAGCUAUGAAUUAUUGCCUCCUGAAAUGUCUGAGGAUCCUCCAGAGAUGAGGAUUGUUCUUCUGGGGAGGAAUGGCAGAGAGAAGAGCAUUGUGGGAAACAUCCUCCUGAACAGAGAGGCGUUUGAUCUCAACUAUGUUCUGCACCAGACUGAGAGAGCCAGGGGACUGGUGGAGGGAAGACGCUUCACUGUGGUCAUCACUCCAGACCUGUUACACCCAGAUAUCUCUCAUGAUAAACUGUCAGAGGAACUGCAGCAGUGUGUGACUCUGUCUGCACCUGGACCUCAUGUGCUCCUCCUGCUGGUGACACCUGAAGAGUUCACUGAAGAUGAGAGGGACAGAAUCAGACACUUGCUUGAUUCUAUUAGUGGAAAGUCCUGUGACUGCUCAAUGGUGGUAGUAACUGCUGAACGAGACAGAAGACAAGACUUGGAAUCCUGUGAGGAUAUAAAUCCCCAGGUACAGCAAUUGAUUGGAGAAUUUAGAUCGAAAUACUUCAAGUUCAAACAAUCUGUCGACCACACCGAACUUAUAUCAAGUAUAGACAAGAUUGUGGAGGAGAACAGAGGAGGACAACUCACCUGUGAGCUUCAUGAAAAGUCUACAGGAGGAGCAACAACAGAGAGAGGAGCAGAAGCAGAAGAGAGGAGUUGGGGGGAUGAGAGAGGAGCGGGUGAAUAUGGUGAACGUGGCAUGGCUGUUGAGAGAGGAAUGAGGAAGACCAACAGCUCUGAGUUAUUGCCUCCUCUCAUGUCUGAGGAUCAUCCAGACCGGAGGAUUGUACUUCUGGGGAGGAACGGCAGAGCGAAGAGCAUUAUGGGAAACCUUCUCCUGGGUACAGAAGGAUUUCAUCCUAACUAUUCUCAACAGACUCAAAUAAUCAGUGGACAAGUGGAGAGAAGACGCUUCACUGUGGUCAACACUUCAGACCUGCUACACCAAGAUAUCUCUGAUAGAAAACUCUCAGAGGAACUGCAGCAGUGUGUGACUCUGUCUGCACCUGGACCUCACGUGCUCCUCCUGGUGGUGACUCCUGAAGAGUUCAUUGAAGAAGAAAGUCGCAGGUUAACAUAUAUCCUUAACUCCCUCAACAGUCAGCAGUCAUUUGAUUUCUCAAUGAUGAUGAUAGUUAAUGCAGAUAACAUAGGAAAACCAAUGGAAACCUAUAUAGCAGAAAAUUCCUUGUUCUCUCAAAUGGUCAAGAAAUGUAGAGGAAGGUACUUUCAGCUGAAGAGCCUUGAUGAUAAAACUGAACUUCUAGCUAAAUUAGAGGAGAUUGUAAGGGCCCAUGGAGGAGAUCACCUUGCCUGUGAUCGGUUUGAAGAUGCUGCAAGUGGCACAACCGAGGAAGCAGCAAAACAUCAGGAGAAUUGGGAGACAGUGAGAAACGUUGGGGUGUCCAUCAUUCAAGGCAGUAUUGGGCAGUCAUCAGUCAGUACAAGAAGUUGUCAAAUUAGGAUUGUGCUGUUGGGGACGAGUGAUGACAAGCAGACAUCAGCUGGAAACUUCAUUCUAGGGAAGAAUUCCUUUACAAAGUUUAGUCCCACCAUGGUCUUCUCCACUAACACAUGUGUAUCAGCCAGUGCACAUGUGAAGGGCAAGAAAACAACUGUUGUGAAGACACCAGACCUCUGUAGUCCAAAAUUGACAGCAGACGGUCUGAUGAAGGAGAUGGAGAAGUGUUUGUCCCUGUCUGCUCCUGGUCCUCAUGUAUUCUUACUGCUGCUGAAACCAGAGGAGUUCACAGAAGAGAACAACAAAAGAUUAAGGUGGAUCCUGAGCCUGUUUGGUAAAGAUGCUUUCAAACACUCUCUGGUGAUCACAACACAUGAAGGAGAGGGAAGAAAUCUCUGUGUGACUCAGAUCAUCAAAGAUUGUGGAGGACAUCAUUACAAAAUGACACAUGGAGGUGACCAUUCACAGUUAACAAAUAAGAUAGAGGAGAUGGUGAGAAGGAAUGGGUGGAGAUACCUGAAACAUGAUGAAGAGACACCACAGUCAGAGGGUAACAUUCCUAGAAUGAACUUGGUCCUGUGUGGGAGGAGAGGAUGUGGGAAGACUUCCACAGCCGACACCAUACUGGGUCAGAGAGAGACCAGGCCAGAGUCUCUCUCCUCAGCAGUGUGUGUGAAGAGAGAGGGAGAGGUGUGUGGACGCUGGCUGACCCUGGUGGAGAUGCCUGCUCUGUGUGGACCAACACUCACUCAGGAGGAAGUGAUGCGUGAGACUCUCCGCUGUGUCUCUCUGUGUGACCCUCCUGGAGUCCAUGCUUUCCUCCUGGUGGUGCCUGUGGGUCCACUCACUGAUGAAGACAAGGGAGAGCUACAGAAACUCCAGGAAUUCUACGGCUCACAAAUCAGUAACUUUGUCUUGGCUGUACUCACUCAUGAUCUUCAAGCAACAAAUGAUGAAUUGAUGGCUGUAUUGAAUCGCAAUGAAAGCUGUGUUGAUCUCCUACAGUCAUGUGGAAAAGGGAAUCAAUUUUUUAAUGACACACAAGUCCGCCAGCUCCUAGAGAAGAUAGAAAAGAAGAUGGCUGGUGACAGCUGCUUCAGUCUUGAGAUGUAUAUGAAGUUGCAGUUGGAGAAGAACUCGAAAGAAUUUCUGAAGAGGAUUAAUGAGCUGGAGAACCAGACCAAAAACAUACAGACAGGUUCCCAGAAGAGCAGCCUUGAAGAGUGUGUGAGGGUGGUGCUGAUUGGGAGGACAGGAAGUGGAAAGAGUGCAACAGGAAACACCAUUUUAGGGAAAAAUAAGUUCAUUUCUCAAACAAGUUCAACAUCUGUGACAGCUGUGUGCCAGAAGGAAACAGAAAUGGUAGAUGGCAGGUCUGUUGCAGUAGUCGACACUCCAGGCCUGUUUGAUACAACUUUCUCUAAUGAUCAAGUUCAAGAGGAGAUAGUGAAAUGUAUCAGCCUUUUAGCUCCAGGUCCUCAUGUCUUCUUACUGACAGUACAGAUUGGAAGAACCACAAAAGAAGAAAAAGAUACGUUGGAUCUCAUCAAGAGAAACUUUGGGAAAAAUGCAGGCAUCUACAGUAUUGUCUUGUUCACAAGAGGCGAUGAUCUUCAGGAAGAUCAGUCAAUCGAGAGUUACAUUCAAAGAGCUGAUGUGAUGGUGAAGAAACUGAUCCAGGAUUGUGGAGGCAGGUACCAUGUCUUCAAUAACAAAGACAAGAACAACCAUGGCCAGGUCAGGGAGCUGAUGACAAAGAUAGAUGAGAUGGUGAAGAAAAAUGGAGGAGGUUGUUAUACCAACGAGAUGUUCCAGGAGGCUGAAGCUGCCAUCAAACAAGAAAUUGAUCAAAUACUGAAACAGAAAGAAAAAGAGAUGGAGAGAGAAAAGAAUCAACUUAAAACCAAACACGAGGAGGAAAUGAAUGAAAUGAAAAAAAGAAUGGAGGAACAGAGACUUGAGGUUAAGAACGAGAGAAAACAGAAGGAGGAAGAGUUACAAAGAAAAGCAGAUGAAAUCAAAAAAAUUGGUAAAGAAAUACACGAGAGGGAGAGGCUGGAGAAAGAUAAAAGAGAUACAGAAGAACGAGAGAGAAGAGACAGAGAAGAGAAACAGCGGAGACAAUGGGAGAGAACAGUUAAUGACAUGGAAAAGGCCCAGAUAAAACAACGUGAACAGUGGGAAAGAGAACAACAAAUAAGAGAAGUAGAGGAGAAAACCAGGAUAGAGGAAGAGAGAAAACUAUGGAACGAUAAACUUCACAAAGAAAAAGAAGAAUUUGAAAGGAGACAGAGGGAAGAAAAGACGAAGAAGGAUGAGGGAGAAAUAGAGUUUGAAAGAGUAAAACAGCAGUGGAUGAGUAAAAUUAAAGAUGCAGAGAAGGGUAAAGAAGAAAUAAAACAAGAACUUAUUCGAAAGUAUGAGAAAAUGGAGAAAGAACAUUCUGAAGAAAACAAGAGAAAGGAGGCUGUAGACAGGGAGCGAGAAAGACAAGAAUGGGCUGAGAAAGAAAAGAAACUGAUUGAUGACUUUGACAGAGAACAAGAGGAAGUAAAGCAAAAACGAGAAAAAAAAGAAAAUGAUAGGAGACGUAAAGAGCAGCAGGAAAGAAAACGGCUUGAAACAGAGUUAAAAGAUAAGAAGAGAGAAAUGAAAGCACAACAAGAGCAAUGGAAGCUGAAGAAGAAAAUGGAUGAAGACAAAAGAAAAAAAGAAGAUUUAAUUAGAAAAAAAGAGGAAAAUAAACUGAGAGAACUACAAGAGACGUUGGAACAAGAGAGAGACAAAUUCUUAAAGAAAAGUAAUGAAGACCAGAUUAAGAUAGACGAAGAGGAAAAAAAGCGCCUGGAAUUGGUAAAAGCUCAUGACAAAGAAAAAGAAGAAAUUAAACGGAGAUAUGAGGAUGAGGCUCGGAAAAAAGCAGAGGAGUUUAAUGAUUUUAAAAAAAAAUCUUGGGAGGAAUACGAAGCUAUGAAGGAGAAACAUAAACAAGACUGUCAGCUGUUGGAAGACCUCUCAAAGCUAGACACUAUAGAAAAACUGAACGAAGAAAGGAAACGACUAGAGGAGGAACAUAAAAAACAAAUAGAAGAUUUUAAACGUGCCCAUUAUUGGAAACCAGGAUGUUUUGUACAAUAAAUCAAUGCUGGUAUAUAAAAUAUCAGGACACAUUAAGGCUGUGGUGGUAGUAACAGUAGUAACUUGACUGAUUGUCUCACGUGACCGUGUUUUGACUCCCAAAUGUAUGUGUACACAUUCUUGAAAUUGUGUACACCAUGCUAUUAUUCUCAAACCAAAUAUUCAGUUAAAAACAAGUAGUAGUGCCAUAUAACUAGUAGGGAAGGGUUUAAAAUUAUCAGGUGUCAUCAGAGAAUCUAAAUGGUUUAAAAUAUGGUUCAAUGGUGUUAAUGGUUUAUAGAAAGUGUGUCCUUAUGCAUGUGUAUGUAGAGUCUCAAGCAGUGUAUGAUUAAUUUGGAUUAUUUGAUCAACUAACGUGUAAAACAGUAAUGAUAAAUUUGUGUUUUAGCAAUACUGCUGUAUAACUAUCAUGGUGUCCCUUGCUUGGACACUUCUGGAUAAUGUCUCACUAAAUGAUGUGAUGUGCUGUGUCGUAUUUGUGUAAUAUUACUUUUAGUCAUUGAUGCAAAUGUUUUAAUUGUCUUAUGUUCUGACAAUACAUUUUGAAAGACAACUAGUAAUCAAAUUGCCUUUGUGUUUGGUGCAUACCUGAACAAAAGCCAAAUAACUUUUAACGCCUGAAGGGCCUUGUUCUACAUAAUGUUUAAAAGUUGUGUUUUAGGUGGAAAUGCUGAUUCAGUAUCUAUGUAUAUAUACAGACAAACAAAUAUUAAUAGGCUGGGAAGGGUUAUGACAAUAAGGGACAUGAAAGAGACAUGAAUAUUAAGUGAAUCAAAAACGCAUAUGUUACUUCCUGCAAUGGUAGACUGGCAUAGCUGUAUAAGUGCCUUAUGCUCCGUGAUUGUUUAUUUUAAAAUUAUGUAUUUUAUGUAUGUAACACCUAAGGUAUUAUGUUAUUUUUUCUUGGGGAUGUUAUGCUGUACUUAUUGUAUGAACAAUGAACAAUGUUAAGCCUCUAGCUGGUUCAUUUAUUAGAGUGAUUGCAGUGGAGUGAUUAAAACAGUCAGUAACC